CACACCAGUCCUUUUUCUGCAAAUAUGCAUGGUUAACUCUUCCAAGACUACAUUUUUACUCAAGAAAUGCCUCCAGAAAAUCCAUUUUCACCUCCCCUAACACCUCUUCCUGUUUUUCCCACCACCUACCUCAUACCCCCACCCCCACCACCCUCCUCCAACCAUCACCAUUCUCAUUCUCCUCUCAUCCCACCAUUCAUAGCUGCUGCUUUUGCCUUAACUUUCUUCAUUGUUGCUGCUAUCAUUUACCGGAAAGUGUCACGCAACAGGACUGUUCCUGCAGAUCUGAAGUCACCUCCACCACCUCACAAGUUUACCUACUCUGUCCUCCGCCGUGCUACGGGGUCAUUUACAGCUGCUAAUCGUCUUGGACAAGGUGGAUUUGGGUCUGUUUACAAAGGUGUUCUUCCAUCUGGACAGGAGGUAGCCGUGAAGCUCAUGGAUGCUUCCGGCUCCCUCCAGGGCGAGAGAGAGUUUCACAAUGAACUCACUCUCGCCUCGAGGAUAGACACUACGUCUUGCCAUUACGUAGUGCCUAUCCUCGGAUUCUCCUCCGAUGAACAUAGUUAUAAACACCACUGUUCUAGUCGGCGGAGGAGAAGAUUAGUUCUUGUUUAUGAGUAUAUGCAUAAUGGGAGUCUGCAAGAUGCUUUGUUAGAUCGAAAGUGUCCUGAGUUAAUGCAAUGGAGAAAGAGAUUUGAUAUUAUAAGUUCCAUUGCAAAGGGUGUUGAGUAUCUUCAUUACUCGUGUGAUCCUCCUAUAGUACAUGGGGAUAUCAAGCCCUCUAAUAUAUUGUUGGAUUACCAUUUUGAUGCAAAAAUAGCUGACUUUGGCCUAGCACAGUCUUUGAUUAAAGAUGAUCAAGUUGUUGAGUCUUUCAUUGAAGAUGAGGAGAAAGUUGAAAAGGGGGCAAAAGGAGAAGUUUUUGAGAAUGUGGAGGAAAAUGGGUCGAUUCUUGAAGGAAAUGAGAGUGUGGUCACAGAUGAGGUUGUGAUCAAUGUGGAUCAGUUGCCGGAGAGUUGUUGUGUGAGGGUGUUGGAUGGGGAAGUGGGAGGGGUGUCACCUGAGGUGGGAGUUCCAUCAGAGGGGAUCGAAAAGACUAGUGUUUCUGAGGGUUUUUUCGACGGGGUUAGUGUGGAUAGUGGAGUUUUGAAAGGGAUUGGGAGGGGAACUAGUCAAUCAGGUAGAGAUUGGUGGUGGAAACAGGACAAUGUGAAUGGUGGAUCAGAUUCUGGUAGGAUUAAGGACUAUGUGAUGGAAUGGAUUGGUAGUGAGAUCAGAAAAGAGAGGCCUAAGAAGGAUUGGAUCGCAACCACGAGUGCAGCAGAAGACAUUGCCAAAGGGGGGCAACAGAAGCAAAGAAAGAAGCUUGAAUGGUGGGCAUCUUUGGAUGAGGAGAGAACGAAGAGAGAAAAGAAGAAUAGGAAGCCAAGAGAAUGGUGGAAGGAAGAGUUCUGUGAGGAGUUAGCCAAGAAAAAGAAGAAAAGGGAUCUCAAAAGUGGAGAAAUGUGGUGGCAAAGGGAUGAAGAGGUAGCACCAGAAAGAAAGAGGAGGAAAAGCAAGGGAAGUAGGAGCAGCAUUGAUUGGUGGGUUGAUAGUUUCAGUGGCGAGUUUCGGAUGGGAAGACGAAGUAGUCAAGAUUUUCCCAGUGGAGAUAUUCCCAAGAGUGGAGGUGUGAGUAGCACCCCUAGUAUGAGAGGAACAGUUUGUUACAUCGCUCCAGAGUAUGGCGGUGGAGGGCAGCUCUCAGAGAAAUGCGACGUGUACAGUUUUGGCGUUUUGUUAUUGGUUUUGGUCUCAGGGAGAAGGCCACUCCAAGUUACAGCUUCUCCUAUGUCAGAAUUUGAGAGGGCUAAUCUGGUUUCCUGGGCUAGGCAGCUUGCUCAUUCAGGCAAGCUUUUGGAUCUUGUUGAUCCCAAUAUUCAGUUACUUGAUAGAGAACAAGCAUUGCUUUGCAUCACUAUUGCACUACUCUGUUUACAGAGAUCACCUAACAAGCGCCCAACAAUGAAAGAGAUUGUUGGGAUGCUUUGUGGGGACUCUGAGCCACCCCAUUUGCCGUUUGAGUUUUCCCCUUCACCACCCUCCAAUUUCCCUUUCGAGUCACGGAAAAAGGCCCGGUGAGUUCACGAGUGCUCGAUUUACCAUUUCACUGUUCAAUGUAAUCUUCAUGUAUUAUUGUGUAGAAAUUGUUAGAAGAAAAGCAAAAUGUCAUAAUUUUC